UAGGCGUUGGGGUCUCCUUGAGGAGAAGGGAAGUGUGUGUGUGCGAACAAGGAGGACCCCACACCACACCCUUUUAUUCUUUCCCAACCCACAGUGCUCCAUUUUCCAUGAUCCUUCGUCACGGAGGGUUUAUGAGUUUUUGACAAUAUUCACUCCGUCCAUGUUUUUACGUUUCUUCUAUUUUGACUUUCAAAUCUCUGCAUUUCUCAAUCAUCUUCACUCUUCCUUUUUAUUCCUUUUUCAUUUUUUUCCUCUUUUCCGUACACUUCUCCUUCGCUUUACGCGCACAAAACAUCUCAACGCUUGUUCUCGUUAUCUCCCACGCCAAUUAUUAGAUCACACAAUUUCCACAAACAACCGUUUCAUAUUUUUUUUUCCCUCUUCAAUUAAUUCGAGCUUCCGCGGCAUCAAAUUCCAAAUUGGAACCAAAUUUUGAACUACUAUGGAAAUAUAGUGUUAUAGCAGUUUGAGUUAAUGGGUUGGUUAAGCAGAAUUUUUAAAGGCUCUGACCAUAAGAUUUCAGAAGGGAAUUACUAUAAAGAGGAUUCGGAUUAUUACUUGCCAUCAACUUCGGGGGAUGUUUGGACUGAGAACGAGAAUGAGGAGAUAGAUCGAGCAAUUGCACUUUCUCUUGUAGAAGAAAGUCAGAAAGCAAACAAUGUGAAUGACUACAGAUCACAAUUGGAAGAAGAUGAACAACUUGCCAGAGCUAUAGAAGAAAGUCUAAAUGUGGAGUCUCCUCCCAGAUAUGGAAAUGAAAAUAUGUAUCAACCAUAUCAACCAAUUCAGUAUUUCCCGAUGGGGUCCAGGAUUUGUGCUGGCUGCUAUUCUGAGAUUGGUUACGGACGAUAUCUAAAUUGCUUGAAUGCAUUCUGGCAUCCUGAAUGCUUCCGCUGCCGUGCUUGCAACCUACCAAUCUCUGAUUAUGAGUUCUCCACAUCUGGAAAUUACCCUUACCAUAAAUCAUGCUAUAAGGAAAGCUACCAUCCAAAAUGUGAUGUCUGCAAGCACUUUAUUCCAACAAAUCCUGCUGGUCUUAUUGAAUAUAGGGCACAUCCAUUCUGGAUCCAAAAAUAUUGCCCUUCUCAUGAACAUGAUAAUACUCCACGCUGUUGCAGCUGUGAGCGAAUGGAGGCACAAGAGACAGGAUAUAUUGCUCUUAAGGAUGGCCGGAAGCUCUGCUUAGAGUGUCUGGAUUCUGCUAUCAUGGAUACUAACGAAUGCCAACCCCUUUAUGGUGAUAUACAAAGAUUCUAUGAAAGCAUAAAUAUGAAACUUGAACAGCAAAUUCCACUACUUUUGGUUGAAAGACAAGCACUGAACGAAGCAAGAGAGGGAGAGAAGAAUGGCCACUAUCACAUGCCAGAGACCAGAGGGCUCUGCCUCUCAGAGGAGCUCAGCACUAUCUCGAGGCGGCCUAGACUUGGGACAGGAAAUGGAGCAUUAGACAUGAGAUCACAGCCUUACAGACUGGCUUCACGCUGUGAUGUGACAGCAAUUCUCAUUUUAUAUGGUCUUCCAAGGUUGCUUACUGGAUCAAUCCUAGCUCAUGAGAUGAUGCAUGCAUGGCUGAGGCUUAAAGGUUAUCGGACUCUAAGUCAAGAUGUUGAAGAAGGUAUCUGUCAGGUUUUGGCUCAUAUGUGGUUGGAGUCUGAACUUUCUUCUGCAUCAGCCUCGUCCUCAUCUGCGUCACAUACAUCUAGAAAAGGUAAAAAACCUGAUUUUGAGAAGAAGCUUGGGGAGUUCUUCAAGCACCAGAUUGAAUCGGAUAUUUCCCCUGUUUAUGGAGAUGGGUUUAGGGCAGGUCAAAAAGCCGUACGUAAGUAUGGUCUACAAAGGACCCUUCACCAUAUCAAAAUGACGGGGACUUUUCCAUUUUAAGUACAGAGAUCCUCCAUUUAACUGAUUGUUUCUCAUUCUUUCUAGAUAAAAAGCCUAGCCUGUUAUUAUUAGAGGCCAAGGUACUUAGGCAUUAGCUUUGACGAAUUGGUGAUUUUUUUUACCUGUAAUUAUUGAUAACAUUGCGGAUAUAUUGAUUACAUUCAUAUGAUUUUUUUAAUCUCGUUUU